CUCUUUUUAGAUAGCUCUCAAAGAAACUAAAGAGAACUAACCAGUGAUCUGAUAAACUGAGCUAAAAUUUCUGAUGCAAAGUGAUAUGGAUACACGAGCGCAUAGACGCCGGCAUGCGGUGCUAGUGCCUUGUCCAUUCCAAGGUCACAUAAGUCCAAUGCUUCAGCUAGGAACAAUCCUACAGUCAAAGGGUUUUUCCAUUAUCGUUGUUCACACAAAAUUUAACUCUCCCAAUUCCUCCGACCACCCGGAAUUUGUUUUCCAAUCUAUACCAGAUGGCUUAUCCAGUCAAGAAAUUGUAUCUGGGAAUUUACUAGAGAUUAUAUUAGCACUCAAUCAAAACUGCAAGAUACCCUUUCAAGAAUGCUUGCCUAGGAUAAUGGCUCGAAAGGAUUCUGAUGGUGAGAUUAAUUGCAUCAUAUAUGAUGAGCUCAUGUACUUUUCAGAAGCAGUAGCUAAUCAACUGAAAGUUCCAAGCAUAGUAUUACGAACCAUCAGUGCAGCUGCCUGUACUGCUCGAGUAGCCAUUUUACAACUCAAGGCCAAAGGUUCUAUUCCCUUUCCAGAUUCUGUAUCAAAGGAACUGGUGCCGGAACUCGAUCCUUUAAGGUUUAAGGAUCUACCAAUUUCCAGGUCGGGGGUACCAGAUAAUUUCUUGCAUUUGGUAGCUUGUGCAUAUAACAUAAAGACAUCUUCAGCUGUCAUUUGGAAUACAAUGGAUUGUCUCGAAGAAUCCCUAUUGUUGAAGCAGCGGCAAAAGCAACUCCCUGUUCCAAUUUUUGCAAUAGGUCCAAUGCAUAAAUUUGCACCAGUUUGUUCCAGCAGUCUGCUAAAAGAGGAUACUAGUUACAUUCCAUGGCUCAACAAGCAAAAACCAAAAUCAGUUCUUUACAUAAGCUUAGGAAGUCUAGCUUCCAUAGAUGAAACAGAAUUAGCCGAAAUGGUGUGGGGUCUCACCAACAGUAAGCAGCGUUUUUUGUGGGUGAUUAGGCCUGGUUCAAUAUCUGGUUCAGAAUGGAUUGGAUUAUUGCCAGAGGGCUUUGUGGAAAGUGUUGGAGAAAGAGGUUUCAUUGUGAAAUGGACAUUGCAAAGGGAGGUGUUGGCACAUCCUGCGAUAGGAGGGUUUUGGAGUCACUGUGGAUGGAAUUCGGCAUUGGAAAGUAUAUCUGAAGGGAUUCCAAUGAUAUGCAGGCCAUGUUUUGGAGAUCAAAUGGUAACUGCAAGGUAUGUGAGUCAUGUUUGGAGAACAGGUUUGAUAUUGGAGAACAAGUUAGAGAGAAAGGAAAUAGAGAGUGCAGUGAGAAGGCUAAUGAUAGAUAAAGAAGGAGAAGAAAUGAGACAGAGGGCCGCUGAUUUGAAGGAAAAAGUUGAAGUUUGUUUCAAGAAAGGUGGUUCCUCUUAUAAUUUCUUGGAUAGGUUAGUAGAAUUUAUGUCCCACUUAUAGUAACAAUUGAUGAAUAAAUAAAAACUCAAUAAAGACAUUUGCAUGAUUCAAUCUCAA